CUGUUGCACGAUACCUAUUUCGCAGAGAAUCGUAACCGAUUCAGAGGAAUGAAUAGUAUAGGACCUGAAUGUAAUGACUUGAAGAAAGAAUACGAUGCUUGCUUCAAUGUUUGGUAUUCGGAAAGUUACCUCAAAGGGGAUCACAAGAGCGAUCCUUGCAGUGAGUUGCUGAAGAGCUACAGAACGUGUGUUUUGGUAAAGAGUUUUAGUUAUUAUUAUUUAAUAUUGUAUUUUUUUCCUAAAAAAAAACAGAGCAAAGUAUAUAAGAAGACGAUGAGAUCGGAUCGGUAGGCUGAAAUGUUGCUAUAGGUGGUAGUUCCAUUUGUUUCUUAUGUCAAUUUUGGGAUAGUUAAUUAAAUUCUCUCCACGUGACAGAACUCCUGUGGUAACAGGUAACAUCAAAGAUGUUUGUUUUUUUUGCUUCCACAGAAAGCUAUCAAAGAAAGAAACAUAGAUCUUUCUGAGAUUGAAGCAAAUAUUCUUGGGACUGAAAGAGAAAAGCAACCACCUCCAGGAAGAUGA